AUGACGACAGGUGACGGAACUGUGCACCAGAAGACUGAUGACAGAUUGGGACAUCACCAGUCUAUGAGCCAGAUGCUGUACGGAACUGGGUUGGGGCCAGGACGAUCAGGGUCAUCUUCGUCUUCUCCCGUGGGGGGCACGAAUACGGGGAGCGGUCUUCUUGUAGUCCCACAACCCCUAGGAAAAGGGCCAACAAAGUUACAGCCCUUACAUGCACAUGCGCGGAAGUAUCACUGCAAAAUGUGUCCUCAGAGACGGGCUCCCGCUUUGGCACUGCCGAAUCAGGGGUUAGCAACUUUUGGAAGUACGAAUAUCCGCGAAUAA